GCCCUCAGCUCACCGCGGCGGUCUGGUGCUGGGACAAGCAGAACGAGAACGGCGAGGGCGUGAAGGACCCCAACCGCUACUGGGACGACGGCGCGGGCGGCGGGCCGUGGAUGUACUGGGAGAGCUUCUGGGCCCCCACCGAGCCCGGCGCCGUGGCGCUCCAGGGCCCCGCGUUCGGCGACGCGGCAGGGGCGAUGCUGGCCCCGCUGAUGGAUCCCAGCGGGACGGCCGCGCCAGCUCGCCCCCUUGGGGCGGACGAGGCGUACGCGGCCGCGAUGAUGAACCAGCCCGAGGCUCCCCAGGCGGUCGGGUCGACGGCCAUCGGCCAGGCGACAGGGCCUACGCGGUGGUGUACCAGUUCAACGUGUGGGGCAGCGACGUGUCGCGCUCGGGGACGGGCUCCGACUUCUGGAGCCCCGAGGCGCGGCUGGCCGUCACCGCGCUGGAGGCCGUGGUCGACGCCUUCGGCGUCAGGUCCAUCCUCGACUGCGCGUGCGCGGGCCUUUGUGGCGGCCCGGCGGACUUCGUGCGGCGGCACCCCGAGGUCUCCUACACGGGCGUCGACAUCGUCUCCGAGGUGAUGCCGCGGGCGCCUGGCGGCGGGCACCUCCGCCGGAGCCCUCGGGCCGCCGCCGUGCGAGGGCUUCGACCCCCGACGCGGUCGGGCCCCC